AUGAAGACAUCAGAUCUAACCUGGGACACCACAGUGCAAGCCUAUGCACAAAAUUAUGCUAACCAACGUGCCGGCGAUUGCAACCUUGUCCAUUCAGAUACGGAUGCUGUAAAAAAGGGGGUUGAUGAGGAGGCUUACUACGACUACAACUCCAACUCAUGUGCCUCUGGCCAGCAGUGUGGGCACUAUAGUCAAGUGGCUUGGGGUAACUCUGUUCGCCUAGGAUGUGCUAAAGUGACUCAUAGCGCUGGAGGAACCUUCAUUGGGUGCAACUAUGAUCCACCCGGCAACGUUGUUGGGGAAAAACCUUACUAAACCUUUCUGAUUAUGAAAUCAGUGCUUCUAUUACCUGGAAUAAUAAUGAUAAAUAAGCUAAUUUAUACUGGCAUUAAUUAA